GAGAACUCCUCCUCCCAUUUAUUUUCCCGAGAAAAUAAAACCCGUAAGAAAAAGAAUCGUAAAUUUCUCCGAUUGAUUUGUGAAGAGAUAAACAGUGAAUUAGAAAGAGCAGGAAGCUUAAUGGAGUCGCUAGCAUCUAUUUCUCCUUCCAUAAGACUCCCUCCAACCACCACUACUACGAUCUCCGUUUCAACUUCCCGAUUAGUAUUUCGUUCCCACCGUUCUUCUUCCCUUCCCGGCUUGUCCAGCGCCGGGAGACGGAUUUCGCUUUCGAGAAGAAGACACUUCGUCAGCUGCAAAUCUACUGCCGGCGGCGGAGGAGGAUCAGAGAAAGUAGGUGGAGAUGAAGACGAAAUCGAGGAAGUUGAAAGAGCGCUUCAAUUGGACGGUACGAUCCCUGGAACUUCCGAUGAGUUUGUAAGGCAAGUCUCGUCCCGCGCUUACGACAUGCGUCGGAAACUAGAGCAGACGUUUGAUUCCACCAGCUAUGACGUGUUGGAGUCUAACCCAUGGAGAGGAGACUCGAAGCCUGUAUAUGUACUAACACAUAGAGAAAACCAGAUCUGCACCAUGAAAACAAGAACAAACCACAGUGAAGUAGAGAAAGAGCUUGGACUGUUGUUCUCUAAAAGGAUCAGCAACAAGACAAAGCAGUCUAGACCUGAAACUAAAUUUGAUAUGCUCGUAGAAGACAUUCGAGAUGGAGUUCUGGUUUUCGAAGAUGUGAAUGAGGCUGUUCGAUACUGUGACCUGUUACAAGGUGGAGGAAAAGGGUGUGAAGGCGUCGCUGAGAUUGAUGCCUCAUCUGUCUUUGAUCUUUGCCGGAAAACAAGGUCUCUGGCAGUGCUCUUCCGCCGUGGAAGAACACCACCCACACCACAGACGCUGGAGCGUAAUUUGGGAUCCCGUAAGCGUUCUCUUGAGGACUUAAGGGACGAGAAAUAGCUUGCGAAACAAAUCAUUAUUGUACAUAACAAUUGUCUGCAAAAACUUGUAUAAAUUACACUGUAUGUAAUCAUGUAUAUAUGAAAAGAUGUAUUUGACUCGU